AUGCGUCUCGAUUUUCUACUUCUUCUAAUCUCUGCGUCCGCUGACCAUGCGCUGUCGAUCCGAUCGUCCAUGGGCCUAGUUGAUCCAAGCACCGUCACUCUCUCGUCUUCGGAUUUCAACACUGAAAAAAGAGUCGCUCGUCAACUUCGUCUACGUGAGGUCAAGGAGAACGAGGCCAGAGGUCUCCCCCAAGAACUAGAGUCAAUGGUUCGUGUUGCUGUGAACAGCAUAAUUUCUGAAGAAGAUUUCAAGUUUCUCUGCAAACAUUUCGAGGAUGAACGUCCUCUUGCCAUUCUUCUGGACAAACACGGGGCGUCUAUGAAGGUAGCUGAUCAGUACCGUGAUAUGUUGGAGAGCCUUGUCCGCCCCGUAGCUUACGAUCCACAAGCUAGCCUCUAA